CAUCCAGGACUCACGCCCCAACCCGGCCAUGCCCAUGCUGCACGCCCUGGCGCGCCUCAUCUUCCCCAUCGCCUUUUCUUUCCUCCUCAUCAAGUUCGCCUUCAGGCUGGGGCAGAAGAAGCAGCGGGACCGGAUCUUUGGGGGCGCCAACCUGGAGAUGGUCAAGGCCAAAGACGCCCUCUUCUCCUUCAAGGACAUCGCCGGCAUUGACCAGGUCAAGGAGGAGAUCACCGAGAUCGUGCAGUUCCUUCGGGACCCAGCCCGCUUCCUGUCCCUGGGCGCGCGCUCCCCCGCCGGCAUGCUGCUGGUGGGGCCGCCAGGCACCGGCAAGACGCUGCUGGCAAAGGCGGUGGCGGGGGAGGCGGGGGUGCCCUUCUUUUCCAUUGCCGGCACCGAGUUCAUGGAGAUGUUUGUGGGGGUGGGCGCCUCGCGGGUGCGCGACAUCUUCAAGCAGGCCCGAGCCAACGCCCCCUGCAUCCUCUUCAUCGACGAGUUUGACGGCAUCGGGCAGGCCCGCUCCUACGGCGGCGGCGGCGGCGACGAAAACGUGCACACCAUCAACCAGCUGCUCACGGAGAUGGACGGGUUUGAGGACAACACAGGUAUCGUGGUCAUGGCCGCCACCAAUCGACCCUCGUCGCUGGACCAGGCCCUCACCCGCCCCGGCCGCUUUGACCGGAUCGUGCACAUGCCGCUGCCGAACGUGGAUGUGAGACGGCUGGCGCCGCGGGGCUGGGAUGCCUGA